GUGUUACCUAAUUCAUAAUCAUGGAAGCAGCCAGUGGCAGCGCAUCGAUAAAGUGACGCGCGAUGAUGUAAAAUGAGGCGUGCGGGGUCAAGGCGGGUACGGAAUAGAUUAUCUCAAGCGAGAUGUGGCGAUGUUAUUUGUGAUUUUUGCAAAUCAUCGCUGGAAAUCAUCAUAAAAUACCUACGUUUUUUCGUAUUUGAAGAGACGGCCAUGUUUUAUGAGUUUUGAGUGGUUAGUUUAGGGUUUGGUAUAUAGAGGGCGCGCGAUGUGUGGUUUUGGAGCGGUGGUUGAUGUUUUAUUUCAACAAUGGCGCUUGUUGUUUUUUCGGUCGCACUUUGCGCACUUGGUGAUUUCGUUCGCCGGCGCGCGGCUCUGUGUGCGUGAUGCUGGCGCUGGCCGAAGACUGCACUCGGUGUGGUGAUCGCCGCGCUUGCCGCAUUGAUUCGCGAUUCGCGCAGUGAAUUCCGCGUUUGCGAAUGCAGUACAACCACCACUGUAUCCACCGCUCUGCAUUAUCGACAACCAGUGGUGGUUUUUUUUCGUUCGUUUCGUAUUGAAAUAGAAAUUCGUCGUGUAUGUUUUGUGUUAUGUGGAUGCAGCAAGCGCAGCAGAUGCCUGGCUAGGUGUUGUCGAUGGUGAGGUCACUCCGCGAAGAAACACGCACGGAGGUUAUGUGAAUUGGUGAAGUAAAGCGAAAUUAAUCGUGCGUCACGCGUUACUAAAUCAAAAUAAACAAAAUAAAACAAGAUAAACGUGUGGUGUUGUUAGUGCAACAUAACAGUGAUCGUCAUAUGUUUGGUGUUUCGAUGUCGUGAGGAGGAGAGCAUCUGCAGCUGCAAAUGGCCGAAGAGUUGCUCGUGGUGCUCAGCCGCAGCGAGAACAGCGGGUUUGGGUUCUCGCUGCUGGGCAAACCCGGCCUGCCGCCCAUCAUCUUCAACAUCAUUGACGAUUCGCCAGCGGCUGAGAGCGGCGAGGUCGAGAUCGGCGAUGUCAUACUGAAAGUCAACGAGACGGACGUAAACACAUUUAGCACCAAAGAAGUGUUGAAAUGUCUACGUUUAUCCACGGAUCCUGUGACAUUAAAAAUCAAAAGAGAUCCAAAAAUAAAGGCAACAGUCCGCCAACAGCAAUUGCACUCGACCGACGGGGACCUAGCCGGCGUGCAUAGAACAACCUCUACGCCGCCGGUCGUUUCCGGUUUACCGGCAUACCAGCAGCACCCGUUGCAGCCGCAGCAGGCGCAGAAUCGGCCCGAGCCGCUCAUCCACAAAACAAAUGGCACCGAUAAAUCCGGCGAUCAGUUGCAGCACAACAACAAGACGACGACGACGAACGGUAACAAGGUGCACCAUCGCAACGCACGCCACCUACAACAACACCACCAGGACGAACUGCAAUGGGAGCCCCUCGGCGGCGAGAAGCCACCCAAGGCCAAGUACGAAGCGUACAUGAUGACUGGCGAGCAUAUUCUGAACAUCUCCAAGACGCAACCACAGCCAAUUAUAGUACCUAAACAAUUAUUUAAGGAUAAUCGCAUGAAGUAUCAAAAUAGCCACUCGAAUCACCAACGACAAAACGUGACGAACCAGCCGCAGCACAAUUCGGUGCCCAACUCCCCCAACGAAAUGGAGAUGGGCCACCGAUCCAAUCACCAUCAUCAUCACAACGCGACGAACUCGGCGACCACUUCCCCUGUCAGUGCCAACAAGCGCACGCACGAUGCGCUCUCGACGCCGUCGCCGUCGGAAGGCGGCGGCACCGCUGCCGGCAAACAAUUCAAUAACUUUGUGCGCACCUCACGCUCGGAGGAUCAACUACAGGACGCGAAAAGUAUCAGCACGGUGGAUAUCGACGUGGAUGACGAUAUCACCAGCUCAUUGAAUACUUUAUUAGAUACCCGACCGGAUGCUAGCUAUGGUUCUGUUGGCAGCGGGAUUGGUACGGCGCCCGCUAGCCAAGCGGAUCGUGAUCGCAUCGUAUGGACAUACAAUGCGCCCGUCGAUGGCCAACAGCUACCAAUCGUGCCGGUUGGUAACGUUGGCAAGGGACAACUGUGUCAUACCAUCUCGAAUGGUAGCAGCUCAUCACCGACGUCGUCGUCGCCGAUGCGCAGUGAUUCCCCACAGUCGCCUACUUCUGUGUCUUCCUCGGUGAUGUCCAGCCAUAGUGGGAGUCGGCGUGCGCCACCGUAUGCGUUGCCCAAUGGCCCGCAUUCCGAUGCCGCCGCGUAUGGCGCGCCUACCAAUGGUGACUUUAGCGUCUCCGAGGCCAUCUCGAAUAUCUCCAGUCCGGACUACAAUGACGAUGACAGCAUGGGCAUCCGCGACUGCGUGAUGGAGAUCAGUGAUCAUAGUGAUAGUGAUAGUACGUUGCUGGUGUCCGAACCACGGCAGCCGCAUAAAACUGCUGCGGGUGGUUGUAAUCAAGGUGAUUCCGAGCAUCGCAUUGUGAUACAGGUGAAGGGACCCGAUAAGGAUACGGUGAAGGAUCGCGGGAAGGGGCAGUGUGCAAACAAUCGCCGCGAGCAGAUUUCGGCGGAGUACGAGUUUGAGGACGAGGCUGAAGAACGCGCGUUGUUGGAGGGUGGCGGUGGUGGUAUAAGUGCCAUGUCCGCGUCUUCAUCGCCGCCGGUUUCCGAGGAUGACAGCGAUGUUGAUAGCCUGCAUAGUUUUCACUACUCACCGAAGGCGGUUGACAUGCCGUCAGCGAUACGUCUUGCAAAUCGUCUGUACAACUUGGACGGGUUUAAAAAGUCAGAUGUUUCAAGGCAUUUAAGCAAAAACAAUGAAUUUAGCCGUGCGGUAGCUGAUGAAUACCUGAGGAACUUUAACUUUGACCAGGAUACGUUAGACAUUGCACUGCGCAAGUUCCUUAAACAAUUCUCGCUUACCGGUGAGACGCAGGAGCGCGAACGCGUGCUUGUGCAUUUUUCAAAGAGAUUCUUAGACUGCAAUCCUGGUUCCUUUAAUUCACAAGAUGCUGUGCACACGUUAACGUGCGCAAUAAUGUUGCUCAACACUGAUUUACACACGCAGAACAUCAAUCGCAAGAUGACGUGCCACGAGUUCAUCGAGAAUCUCGCCGGCCUCAAUGAAAACGAAAACUUUCCGCGGGAAGUACUCAAGCAGCUCUACCACGCCAUCAAGAACAAUCCACUCGAAUGGGCAGUUGAUGAUGAAGUAGAUCACGAUGGGCAAAACAUGCAGAAGCCGAUAAUGGAGCAGCAUCUCGGCGGGAAUCCAUUCCUGGACGUGCCAAGCCUUGCCAACGCUACGGAAUACAAGAAGGGCUACGUGAUGCGCAAAUGCUGCUACGAGUCGAACGCCAAACGAAGCCUUUGCUGCAUUUUUCUAGCGCCGUUUCACAAGCGCAGCUGGAAGAUGUUCUACUGCACACUGCGUGAUAUGGUCCUCUAUCUGCACAAGGACGAGAACGGCUUCCGCAAGAAUCAGAUGGGUGACAAUCUGCAUAAUGCGAUUCGCAUCUACCAUGCCCUGGCGACCAAAGCUACAGACUACACGAAGAAGCAGUAUGUGUUUAGGCUGCAGACGGCUGAUCAGGCGGAAUAUUUAUUCCAAACUAGUGAUUCGAAAGAACUGCAGUCCUGGAUUGAUACCAUCAACUUUGUAUGCGCUAGUUUUUCCGCACCGCCUCUGGAGGCGGCUGUUGGGUCGCAGAAGAAGUUUCAACGGCCUCUGUUACCUUGCAGUCACACCAAAUUAAAUUUCCGAGAACAAUUGAGAGAUCACGAGGAGAGAGUUAUGAGACUGGAGAGCGAGCUCGAAGAGCAUCGCAGAUCGCCACCAGAGCGCAAUGCCAAGUCACUAGUCGUGCAGAACUACAAGGAACGCGAAGUUUACCUAAAUUUCGAGGUUAAAAGAUAUAGAGCCUAUGCUUAUAUCCUGCGAUCCAAGAUGUCCGCCUAUCCGGAACUAGGCGUGAGUCUGGUGGAGAGUUGCAUCGGCGAGCUGGAUGAAGCCACCGGUUGUCAUCCGGGUGAUGCGCCCGCCACAGCGAUGCCUCCGGUGCAGGCGGAGCCGGCAGCGGCGCGCAAUUCGCGCUCGCCGCAAACAAAUAGGUUAAUUGUGCACAUAAAAUACGUACCGAAGUACGAGUCCCCUAUACCUAGAAGGAAGUUGGACUGAUGCCAAUGCAGCUAAUCGCGCACGGAUUGUGCAAUAAAUGCAAUUGAAGAUGAUGAGCCAGUGGACGCAAAUGCAAACGAAGAGCGCGAGUGAAUUAUGAUGGUAAUAAUUUUAACAAGAGACCAAAGAUCAAUUAUUUAUUAGAUGUACCAUGUACCGGUGUUGUUGGCGGGGAUAUUUUCACUGAUAAACUGAUACACUGCUAAUUUGUUUAGCAAAACAUUCAAAUGUAAAGCGUUUUGAAGAUGAAAACAGAACGAAUUCAAUGAUUAUGCAUUUUACAUAGGUAGGGUAUAUAAAUAAUAAAAGAUUGAGGAGUGAAUGAGAUAAAUGAUGAAGAAGAUUUGGCGAAUGGCAUGAUUUCAAGUGAAUGAACAAUACAGUUAUUGAUUUAUAUUUUUACUUAUGAAAUAUGAAAGUUGUUCAGUGCUAAAAAAACUAUUUACGGACAUAUUUAAGGCGCAAACACAGCUUAUUUAUUGCCAUUUAUUAUUUUCUAUGUACAUUAAACGCUUCUUAUGUAA